GCGACUGCUCGCGGGAUGAGCUUCGGGGGCGCCAGCUCCGUCGCGGCAGGUGCGAAGCGGCCGUUCGAGUACGGCCGGACGCAUGUGGUCAGGCCCAAGGGCGCGCACAAGGCCACCAUCGUCUGGCUCCACGGCCUCGGCGACAAUGGAGCAAGCUGGUCUCAACUGCUGGAAACUCUUCCCCUUCCUAAUAUAAAAUGGAUUUGCCCAACUGCACCUACGAGGCCCGUGGCAAUUUUUGGUGGAUUCCCAUCUACUGCAUGGUUUGACGUUGCUGAUCUUUCAGAAGAUUCUCCUGAUGAUGUUGAGGGGCUGGAUUCCUCAGCUGCACACGUUGCAAAUUUGUUGUCUACCGAGCCCGCCGACAUCAAGCUUGGUGUUGGUGGCUUUAGUAUGGGCGCUGCUACUGCGCUUUACUCCGGGACUUGUUUUGCUCAUGGAAAAUAUGGAAAUGGCAAUCCGUAUCCUGUGAACCUAAGUGUGGCUGUUGGUCUCAGUGGCUGGCUGCCAUGUGCCAGGGCAUUGAAGAACAAAAUUGAGAGCUCACAGGAGGCUGCACAGAAGGCUUCAUCAUUACCUCUUCUGCUUUGUCAUGGAAAAGCUGAUGAUGUAGUACUCUACAAGCAUGGUGAGAGAUCUGCAGAAGCACUGAAGUCAACCGGGUUUGCAAAUGUGGUAUUCAAGUCGUACAACAGACUCGGACACUAUACGGUUCCAGAGGAGAUGGACGAGGUUGGCAAAUGGCUUACCACAAACUUGGAAAUCGGCACUUCCUCGUCUUGAUUGAACGAAGAAAUGUCACGAUAAGGGCUCGGUGUAGCAGCAUCUAAAUAAUAAGUACCUGUGGUAGUGUGGUUGUGCCAAAAUUAAGUGAUAAAUGGUUGGGUAGCCAACUUAGGCUUUGGGUAUACGGUCAUGUCGUAGCUUGGCGUUUCAUAUGCAGACACGCAUCACUGAAUCUUGUACUAUUGAGAUUUCCAUAAUUUGGUCUCUGUCCAUCCAACGGCGGAGACAGUGUGAUCAGUUUGGUUAUGGUUUUUAAUGAUAUGUUUCGUUCUUUCUUCCGAA